GUGGAAUGAAAUUACAAAAUAUUUCCGAGCAGGCAUGCCGUUAAGGAAACACAGGCAACAUUUCAAAAGACAUGGGAGCUGUUUUACUGCGUCCGAAGCUGUCGACUGGCUCCAUGAAGUGUUGAGGAGUAAUAGUAACUUUGGUCCCGAAGUUACUAGGCAGCAGACUAUUCAGCUAUUAAGAAAGUUUCUCAAGAAUCAUGUAAUUGAAGAUGUAAAAGGGAGAUGGGGGUCUGAAAAUUUAGAAGACAAUGGUGCGCUAUACAGAUUUCCUUCAACAUCUCCAGUUAAACCUCUACCAAGCUCAUGUCCACCAAAAGAGAACCUGGAAAACUUCUCUAGAGACAAAGAGAGGCUUUUUAAACUGCCAUAUUUAUCCAGGAGAACUUUCAGAAAACAUGAGUCACUACAGUCUCUGGAAAAUAUAGAAAAACCAAAACCAAAUAUAAUAGAGGAAAACAAGGAAGACACACUGCAUAAGAAGGAAAUAAGCCAGGAAUAUGUGCAAGAAACAUGGAGAAAUAUCAUUCUAAUACAUUUGCAAACCAUUUUAGGCCUCCCAUCUCUGGACGAAGUUUUGCAGCCAACACAGAUAGUUCCUGAGUAUGUCAUAUACAAUAUGACUAACACCACCAGACAUGGUGUUGUUGUUUUGCAGAACAAAUCAGAAGACCUCCCUCACUGGGUGUUGUCAGCUAUGAAAUGCCUCGCGUACUGGCCUAGAAAUAAUGACAUGAGCCAACCAACUUAUAGUGGGUUUGAACGGGAUGUAUUCAGAACAGUUGCUGAUUACUUUCUCAGUCUCCCUGAACCAUUACUUACUUUUGAGUACUAUGAACUUUUUGUUAAUAUUUUAGAUCUCCUUCAGCCUCAUUUAGAAAGAAUUGCUGUUGAAGCACUACAGAUAUGCUGUUUGUUGCUUCCACCACCAAAUCGUAGGAAGAUUCAGCUCCUGAUGCGGAUGAUCUCUCGGAUCAGUGAAAAUGUUGAUAUGCCACGACUGCAUGAUGCGAUGGGAACGCGUUCUCUGAUGAUCCAGACCUUUUCUCGCUGCGUGCUGUGCUGUGCAGAAGAGGUAGAUCUCGAUGAGCUCCUUUCUACGCGAUUAGUUUCAUUUCUCAUGGACCAUCAACAAGAAAUAUUCCAAGUGCCAACUUACCUGCAGGUCGCAGUGCGAGAUCACAUAGAAUAUGUGAAGAUGGCCCAGUGCAAGUAUCCAGAGGAAGAAAUUUGUGCCAUAUUGCCAACGUAUUCGUACUGCAAACAAAUAACUCCUCAGGAGUUUGAAGAACAAAAGGUUUCCACCUCUCAAGCUGCAGUGGCAGAGCUCUUGGAGAACAUUAUCAAAGAUAAAAACCUGUCUGUGAAAGACAAAAAGAAAAAGCUAAAACAGUUUCAGAAGGAAUACCCUCUGAUCUACCAGAACAGAUUCCCAACUACAGAGAAUGAAGCGAUGCUGUUGGAGAACAAACCUACCAUCAAACAACCGAUGCUGAGCCUAAGAAAACCAAGAUUUCGUAGCCUAAGAUAUUAA